AUGAAGGAUGACCUUGGUGAUCUUUCUACAUCAACACCGUGAAGACAGGGUUAAGGCUAAAGCUGACAGGAUAUUUAUUAUACGAUUGAUAGCCUAAAUUAAAGAGGAAAUGGAGAAAGUUGAAUGCGAACCAUGUAAAACUCGCGACAAAAACCACGAAUCAACUCAUUGGUGUGUUAUUUGUGACGAGUCUUUUUGUUCAGACUGCACAGAACACCAUCGUGCCCAGAAAAUAUCGCGAAACCAUGAACUCGUCGAUAUCAACAGAAGGCCGAUGCUAACAAAUAUUGCAAACCCAUGCUGUUUCAAACACGAUAACUUGCCAUUUGAUUAUUUUUGUAUCGAUCAUGAUAUUCUAUCCUGCAAAGAAUGUCUUGUAGAAAGCCAUCAAUCUUGUCAAAACGUUGUGUCUGUUGAUGCGGCAUAUAUAGGUGCCAAGCAGUCUCAGUCAUUUAUAGAUGCAUUGGAACUUGUGGACUAUGGAGUGAAGACAACACAUGCAAUUACCAAAGACAGGGAAAGUUUUAUUGAAAAUUUUGAAAAGGAGUGCAAUUCAGUAAAAAAUGCAAUAAGGGAGUCGAAAGAAGAAGUAAUUAGUCAUAUGGAAUCACUAGAAAAGUCAUUACUUUGUGAUCUUGAUCUCAGAAAAGACAAACUGAUACAAAAGUCAAAGACAGCAAUUAUUGAAGCAGAAGAUGUUGGAAAGAUGGCAAAAGACCAAAAAGAUGUCUUUGAUUUUGUGGAUAAACAUGGUUCUGAGAAGCAUGCAUUUCUUGUUGCGCAUGCGUACAAACAAAAUUUAACAGAUCUGAAGAAAAAUAUAACUAAUAUAACAGAACAGUUGACAAAUGCUACAAUAAAACUGAUCCCAGAGGGGUUACAGGAAACUAUAAAAUCUAUCGGAUCAAUAGAACUUAACGAAGUACCUUCUGCCCUGACGCCAUGUGAGAAGCCUCAGAAUUUGCCACAAUUUGUUCAUAAAAGUGAUUUUAUCAUUAAGGACGAUCGCGCAAGUAUUAACGGCAUCACAGUAAAUGAUAAUGAUGAAGUACUCAUAGUUGAUGGCACAAGAACUGGUGGAAUAUUAGUAUACGAUAAUAAUGAUAUCUUCAAGUACCGAAUCGAUACCAUAUAUAGACCGUGGGAUAUUGCUUUUAUCUCCGGUACCAAUGAAGCCGUUGUGACAUCUCACCAUGACGAUUUCCUACAGUUUGUUGACUUUAACGAAAAGAGCAUAUCAAGAACUGUUACUGUUGAAGGAAUUCAUCAGGGAGGAGUGGCGGUCUUAAAAGAAAACAUAUUUGUUGGAACCAGGGGUAACAUUAAAAUUCUAGAUCUUCAAGGAAAAUUUAUUCGUUUAAUAGAAGCACAUCAUAGGAAACUAACUUGGUUCAUUACUUUGGAUACAAAUGAAAACAUCUAUUACACCGACAGAGAAGUCUUGAGUUGUAUUAGAAGUGAUGGUACAGAAAUUUACACAUACUCCGCACCAGAUGACGAUACUCUCUGGCAGUUAGCAGUUGACAACAAUGGUUACGUUUACGUUUGUGUAGAGUCGAAAGGUAUAUAUAGACUGAAGCCAGAUGGAACAUUCUUGGACGUUGUAGAAAGUUAUGAAGAUACGCUUUCCUAUACUGCUAUUUGCUUUAAUAAUGCCUGCACAAAAAUGGUCCUAAACCGACGUAGCAAUUUUUCUGUUUUUGAACAGAAAUAGUGUCAAGCAUGUCUGUUUUUCCUAUGCAAAAAACAAAAAAGAUGAUAUAAAUGUACAUUUUUCAAAUAUUUAUAUAUGUACAUGAAUACUGUAGAACGUUCAUCAAAUUCAUUCAAAGAGCAAUCGAUUUUUGUUCGAGAUUAACAUUAGUUUUAGACUCUGUUUUUAUUAACAUAACACUAGAAGUAGUUUUUGUAUCACAUUUUUGUUUCCGGUUUCUAAAAAGUGAAGGGUUUCUAUAGUCAAAAUAGUAUAAUUUAGAUAAUCUAUACAAUAUAUACUUUGACACAUUCACCAUUUCCUCUCUCAAUUGUAUUUGAGCUUCAAGAUGGAAAAACAUCGAAAAUAAUUAUUUUAAAGCUGACUAUGCGGUAUGGGCUCAACUAAUUUUUGAAGGCCGUACGGUGUCCUAUAGUUAUUAAUGUUGUGUUCGUUGGUCUCUAGUGGAGAGUUUGCAUUGGCAAUCAUGCAUCUUCUUUUUUGUUAUAUCAUUUGCCAAUUUGAUUUCAAUUCGAAAUAAUUGUAAUUCAGUGAAAAAUGAACUACAUUGUAUGUCAAUGCAGUAAAUGUAUAAGUUCGCCAUUGGACCCGGUCUGAUUUAUGAAAAUGAACGAUACAAAUGACACAGACAUUAACAACUAUAGGUCACCUAAUCAUGAUGAUAGAAUAAGUAGACAGCUCUCUCACAAGCAAAAAAAACCUAACUGUAAAAAUAACAGGACAUACACUACAGGCACGGGGACACAUUCUUCUGAAUCCACACAGCACGAGUAACAAACCCUGCCGAAAAUAUGAAAAAAAGAAGAUGUGGUAUGAUUGCCAAUGAGACAACUGUCCACAAGAGACAAAAAUGACACAGACAUUAACAACUUUAGGUCACCAUAUAAGUCUUUUUUUUAAACAAUCAUCUGUCAUGAUUCUUGAAAGUCUAUUUUCUACAUAAAGACAAGCGGAGAAUAGUUUCCAUUUUUCAUUCCUUGAAUCGCAUAAAUCUGUAGAGUUCUUGGCAUUAUUUGAAUAUUCCAUACAUAAAGUCUGAAACGUACCACAAACUUUUAAAACAAAUUAUCCACCAGCCUUAAUAUACAAUUAUUAACAACCAAUGUUGAAAAUCAGUAACCACUUAGUUUGUGGUACAUGUAUAUAUAAAAUCUAUAAUUUUGUUUUUCAUUUUAACUUUAAUUUUAUAGAUAAAAAGCGCAAAUGUCCCUCAACUUCGUAUAGGUGUAUCAAAUUAUAAAGCGCAAAUGUCCCUACAACUUCGUAUAGGUGUAUCAAAUAUUAAACCGAAAAUGUCCAUAGUUUGUGAGCGCAAACGUCUUUUUGUUGUUACACAAGUAUAAAAGCGGAAAAGUCCGGUGCCCUGCAUAAAGGAAGGGUCGUGCAUAUUCAGAGCUACCUGAAAAGGUAUGGAUAUAUUAUUAGAAAGCAUGUCCGAUUUAUUACAAGUAACCGAUAUAAGAAGAUGUGGUAUGAUUGUCAAUGGGACAACUUUCCGUCCUAGUAAAAAAUUGUAAAAAUUAACCUUUAUAUAUAGGUCAGAGUACUGUCUUCAACACGGAGCAUUGGCUUACAACGAAUAGCAAGAUACAAAAGGCCCAACAAAUGACUAGUUUAAAACCAUUAAAACGGAAAAAAACAAACGGUUUCAUCUAUACUAUACAAACGAGAAACACUUUACAACCACACCAACAAACGAUAACCACUGAACAUCAUGUUAGCCUCAUUUACAUACAUGUAGUGGUGGCAUUAUAUAUCAUAUCAGGUUCUUUUUAAUAAUAAUUAUAUUUUAAUUAUAAUUUUGCUUUUUC